AUGGUCAAACGCGCUGCCAUCCCUGUGGCGGCCUUCGCUGCAGGUGCGGCCGCCCAGAGCACCACCACCACCACCUACUCUGUGUGCCCGACAGCGAGUACCGUGACGGUCACGCUGCCAUCCACCAUCACUUACUGCCCAGGCGCAUCUUGCAAUGUGACACCUACCCCGACCAUCACCGCCGCGCCGACAAGCAUCCCUCAGGGUGGCUACAUCUCUACCAUCCUCGACUGGACUUUCACCGGGUCUGAUGGCAAGAUCACCGAGCUGCACGAGUACGCCACUGUGUACCCAGCACCUUGCAGUGCUGGCCCAGGCAUGUGCGGUGCUACUUACACUAUCACCGAGGAGUGCCCAUGCACUGCGCACUCAUCAGGCUACAUCCACCCAGACUUCACCACGACCCUGCACACGUGCGACAUGUGCGGUCCAGGUGGCAGCCCAACCACGUAUACUGCGACCGUGCCUUGCAGCACCGGAGCCUAUGCAACAGUCACACCCAGCAUGGGUCCAUGGGCACCUUCAGGUGGUAAGCCUGCUGGCCCUGAUGCCUACUGGGCACAAGGUGGUGCUGGCGGUGCUGGCGGUGCUGGCGGCAACGGUGGCGAUGCUGAAGGUGGCGCUCCCAGCAAGCCAGUCGAUGCCGAGUCAGCUGCCCCCAGCGCAGGCUGGUCAGGCUCAGGCGCAGCACCAUCCGGCACCGGCAAGUCACCCGUCGGAGACUACAAGGGCGCCGGCUCCAAGGCUGCGGUUGCUGUUUCAUCAGUGUUCGCCAUCGUUGUCGGUGUGCUCGCCAUCACACUAUGA